CCAAGAUUCCAUGUAAAAGGCUUCCCGACCGGACUUUGAACCUUCCCAUUGGAGACAGCCAAAGGAACCGUGUCCAUCUUCUUCGGUUCCUCUGCCUCUCUCACAAAAAUUUUAUUCCUUUCUUCCAACUUAGAAAAAUCUUACUCUUACUUCGCCAUCAUCUCUCUUGUUUUCUAAGAUCUCUUCUGUCCACGAAAACAAAUCUUCUCGGGUGGGUUUUCCCCGAUCUGGGUCGGAUCUGAUUCCUCGGAAGCAACGAAUCUCGAGGCUUCUUUUUGUUUUGGCUUUCCGGGAAAGGCUAGAAUCAUUCCUCUCUACAGGGAACUUUAAAAGAUAAAUUCCCCUUACUUGUGGUUGGUACCAGCACUCCAGCAGCUGAUUAGCUUCAAUCGUCCGUCUUUCGUCUGCUUCUUGAUCUGGGUAUACCAAAAAAAAAAAAGUUUCCUUUUUUGGCAAAAAAUAAAUUAUCGGUUUGGGAUUUCUAAUUUGGAUCUGUUUUGGGGAGUUGAAUGAUUGAAUUUCGAUUCCUAGUGUCUUAUAUCUGUUACAAGUUGUCGGCUUUACUCUAGGCAUUUGGGGGAUUUUGCUUGGGUUUUGGGUUUUAUCUCCAAAUUUUCAGAUUUGUUUCCUCUAGUCUGAUAUUCGGAGAGUUGCAAUUAGGUUUAUGAAUUGGUCUUGUGGUUUGCAAACCAAGACUCGUGUUUCUGAGUUGAGAGGGUUUUAGACUUUUAGGUUUUAAGAUGAUGUAACUUGAGUUGGGUUCCUCCUUGGUCUUUUUAAAGCUUUUUGUUUCUUAUAUCCAACUACCUGUGUUAUGGCAAGCACCAUUGAUGUUACCAAGUAUGGUCAUAGUCCUGCUCAUCAUGCUGUUGUCACCAGAGAUUAUGCCGGUCUCAAGAAAUUGUUAUCCGCUCUUCCAAAGAUGCGUGACCCGUCUGAGGUUAAGAACGAAGCAGCUUCUGUAGCUGAAGAGACAAAAGCUGACUCAAUCGCAGCCGUUAUAGACAGGCGUGAUGUCGUUAACCGAGACACCGCUCUUCAUUUAGCUGUAAAGCUUGGUGAUGAGACCUCCGCGGAGAUGCUUAUGGCUGCAGGAGCUGAUUGGAGCUUGCAGAAUGAGCAUGGAUGGAGCGCUCUGCAAGAAGCUAUCUGUGGUAGAGAAGAGAGGAUUGCUAUGAUUAUCGUGAGGCAUUAUCAGCCUUUGGCUUGGGCUAAGUGGUGCAGGAGGCUGCCUCGCCUUGUGGCUACUAUGCAUAGAAUGAGAGAUUUCUACAUGGAGAUCACUUUCCAUUUCGAGAGCUCUGUUAUACCUUUCAUUUCUAGGGUGGCGCCUUCGGAUACUUAUAAGAUUUGGAAGAGGGGUGCAAAUCUUAGAGCGGAUAUGACAUUGGCUGGGUUUGAUGGUUUCAGGAUUCAAAGAUCAGAUCAGACCAUACUUUUUCUUGGAGAUGGGUCAGAGGAUGGUAAAGUUCCUUCCGGUUCUCUUCUUAUGAUUUCGCAUAAGGAUAAAGAGAUUAUGAAUGCGUUAGAUGGUGCUGGAGCUCCGGCAUCAGAAGAAGAAGUUCGCCAAGAAGUGGCUGCGAUGUCCAAAACAAGCAUUUUCAGACCCGGGAUCGAUGUUACUCAGGCUGUUCUCUUCCCACAAUUAACAUGGAGGCGUCAAGAGAAGACAGAAAUGGUUGGGCAAUGGAAAGCAAAAGUGUACGAUAUGCACAAUGUAGUUGUUAGUAUAAAAUCAAGAAGAGUACCUGGUGCAAUGACCGAUGAGGAGCUUUUCUCAAACACUAAUCAAGAAAACGAUUCAGAAAGCGAGGAUCUUGGAGAUAUCUUGACGGAGGACGAGAAGAAGCAGCUGGAGUUAGCGCUCAAGUUGGAUUCGCCGGAAGAAUCUUCUAACAGCGAGAGCUCUAGGAUUUCUCAAAAGCAGAAUAGUUGUUCUUUCGAGGAUCGAGAGAUUCCGGUAACGGAUGGAAACGGGUAUUGCAAACAGGAGAAGAAAGGAUGGUUCAGUGGAUGGAGGAAACGAGAGGAAGGGCAUAAACGAAGUAGUGUUCCUCCAAGAAGUUCACUUAGUGUCGAUGAGAAAGUAAGCGAUCUUCUUGGGGACGAUGACUCUCCAUCUCGUGGAGGAAGACCGAUAAAGCCGGGAAGACACUCAACGGUUGAGACUGUGGUGAGGGAUGAAAAUCGGGGAUUAAGAGAUUCGUCAAAAGCUUCAACAUCAGAAGGCAGCGGAAGUAGCAAGCGAAAAGAAGGAAGCAAAGAGAACGAGUACAAGAAAGGGCUAAGACCAGUUCUUUGGCUUUCUGAGAGAUUCCCGUUACAGACAAAAGAACUUCUUCCAUUGCUCGAUAUUCUUGCAAACAAAGUCAAAGCAAUUCGGCGUUUGAGAGAGCUUAUGAUUACGAAACUACCUUCCGGAACAUUCCCAGUCAAGGUUGCUAUUCCGGUGAUUCCUACUAUUAGAGUACUUGUUACAUUUACAAAGUUUGAAGAGCUAGAAGCUAUUGAAGAUGAGUUUGUCACGCCACCAUCAAGUCCAACUUAUUCAGUUAAGAACAGUCCUAGAGAAGAAACACAGAACUCGUCAAGCUCGUCGUCCUCAUGGUUUCAGUGGAUCAAAACACCGAGCCAGCGUCCAUCAACAAGCUCGAGCUCUGGAGGUAUUAACAUCAGUAAAGCCGAAAACGACCAAGACCCAUUUGCAAUUCCAAGGGGAUACAAUUGGAUCACAUCUGAAGAGAAGAAAAAGAAGAUCCAAGAGAAGAAUAAAGCUAAGAAGGGUAAGUCAACUCAAAUCAGCUGAAGAAAGAGUAACACAAGUAAGAAGAAGAUCUUUCUUCGUCUCUGAGAACAUAAAAUACUGAAAUAGGAAAAAUCUAGCAGAUUAUUACUACUGGAAGGAAAACAAAACAAAUGGAACCUGUUUCCUGGUUCUUGUACUAAUAAACCAGGGAAAAACAAAAAAAAACAAAUUCAAUUAAAUAUAGUGGGGGAAAUUGAGGAAUGAUGUGGGUUUAUGUUGUUGUGACUUUUUCUCUGUCUUUUGCUUUUCUUCUGUUGGAUACGAUUAUUAUAUCAUCUUGAAAUAAGCUGCAA